ACUGCAAACACGCUAUUCAGAGUCCUGGGCGUGCCGGCGAAGUACCCGGAUGUGAUAGGCCAUGUGCACUUCCAUCUGGACAGUCCUCGCCUGCCUCGUUAUAUCACCUCGUCUGCUCCGACCUGACUCUUCUACUCGCCGCUUCGAGCCCUCCAAUUUGCAACCAUGUUUCGUCUACCCACAGUCAUGAAGCAGGUGAGGCCAGUGUGCAGGGCGCUGGCUCCUCACCUGACGCGCGCCUACGCCAAAGAAGUUAAGUUUGGAGCUGACGCCCGCGCCCUCAUGCUGCAGGGCGUCGACCUGCUGGCCGACACAGUCGCCGUCACCAUGGGCCCCAAGGGUCGCACGGUCAUCAUCGAGCAGAGCUGGGGCAGCCCCAAGGUGACCAAGGACGGCGUGACGGUGGCCAAGAGCAUCGACCUGAAGGACAAAUACAAGAACAUUGGCGCCAAGCUGGUGCAGGACGUGGCCAACAACACCAACGAGGAGGCAGGUGACGGCACCACCACCGCCACUGUGCUGGCCCGCGCCAUCGCCAAGGAGGGCUUUGACAGCAUCAGCAAGGGUGCCAACCCCGUGGAGAUUCGCCGCGGCGUCAUGAUGGCGGUGGAGAAAAUCUGUAACGAGCUCAAGCACCUCUCCAAGCCAGUCACAACGCCCGAGGAGAUCGCCCAGGUCGCUACUAUCUCCGCUAACGGCGACACCGAGAUCGGAAACAUCAUAUCCAACGCCAUGAAGAGAGUUGGCCGCAAAGGAGUCAUUACUGUCAAGGAUGGCAAAACUCUCCAUGAUGAGCUGGAGGUGAUUGAGGGCAUGAAGUUUGACCGUGGUUACAUCUCGCCGUACUUCAUUAACACUGCCAAGGGUCAGAAGUGUGAGUUCCAGGAUGCUUACCUGCUGCUUAGUGAGAAGAAGAUCUCCAGCGUGCAGAGCAUCGUUCCCGCCCUGGAGAUCGCCAACCAGCACCGCAAGCCUCUGGUCAUCGUGGCGGAGGACGUGGACGGCGAGGCCCUCAGCACCUUGGUCCUCAACAGGCUGAAGGUGGGACUGCAGGUGGUUGCUGUCAAGGCUCCUGGCUUCGGAGACAACAGGAAGAACCAGCUGAAGGACAUGGCCAUCGCCACCGGGGGCACUGUGUUUGGGGACGACUCGCUGGGUCUAGCACUGGAAGACAUCCAGGCGCACGACUUCGGCAAAGUGGGCGAGGUCCAGAUCACCAAAGACGACACGCUGCUGCUGAAGGGCGGCGGCAAGCCGGCCGAGCUGGAGAAGCGGGCGAGCGAGAUCGUGGAGCAGCUGGAGAGCACCACCAGCGACUAUGAGAAGGAGAAGCUCAACGAGCGGCUGGCUAAGCUGUCUGACGGCGUGGCCGUGCUCAAGGUCGGAGGGACAAGCGACGUGGAGGUGAACGAGAAGAAGGACCGCGUAACAGACGCCCUGAACGCCACUCGAGCCGCCGUGGAAGAAGGCAUCGUGCCAGGUGGCGGCUGCGCUCUGCUGCGCUGCAUCCCCUCCUUGGACAGCCUCAAGACCGCCAACGAAGACCAGAAAAUUGGCGUGGACAUCAUCCGACGGGCGCUCCGCAUCCCCGCCAUGACAAUCGCCAAGAACGCCGGCGUGGAGGGCUCCCUGGUGGUGGAGAAGAUCCUGCAGAGCCCUGCUGAGGUGGGCUACGACGCCAUGCUGGGCGAGUACGUCAACAUGGUGGAGAAGGGCAUCAUCGACCCCACCAAGGUGGUGAGGACGGCGCUGCUGGACGCGGCAGGCGUGGCCUCCCUGCUGUCUACCGCCGAGGCUGUGGUCACGGAGAUCCCUAAGGAGGAGAAGGAGAUGCCCGGAGGCGGCAUGGGAGGCAUGGGUGGCAUGGGCGGCAUGGGUGGGGGGAUGGGCUUCUAGAAGGCCCGCCUCCCUCCACUGUACAGACUGGAAAAGGACAGUGGUGCCUGCAUUGACCUAAAUCCUCAAACUCACUGACCAACCGCCAGGAUGUCGGCCAUUCUUCCCCGCCAUGCGUCAGAGGAGAACGUCUUGUCCUAAGUUCACCGCUUUUUCCCCUGCAGGAUCAACCGGGGAAACGUUUACAGUGAUGGCGCCCUCUGCUGGUCUGUCUAUUACACCCACAUGACCAGCUGGAGCCAGUGAAAUAAUCAUGUCAAACACCCAUCAGUUAGUUUUGCUUCCAUCGCCUUCCUGCAGGGGAAAAACUUCCCAUCUUUGAAAAGACCUAACAAAAAAUGGGUGUGAAGUAAGGAAUGUUGCAUUUGUCUUUAAUUUAGUUUUGUUUUUUUAUAUAUAUAUGUUUAUCAUGAUUCUGUCCUGCUGAUGGUGCAGGUUUGGGCGCAUUUGAUUUAAUUAAACCAUUUUCCAAAUGA